AUGGCCAAGGGCACAGUCACCGAGACUCAGGCAAGCGAGAAGCAAGCCUCCGAGAAACUUCCGACUUACGAGACCACGAAUUCUUCUACGGGAAAAAUGUUGAACAAAUUGAAAAAAGAGAUACAAAAAGCCCACACGCCUGAAGAACUUCUUGUCCACCUGCUUUCAACCGAAUUGACUUUUAAAGACAAAGAAACUCUCCCUCGACACGCCCCGUGGAGUAUGUAUGUCGAUCCUGACCGGGAAAACGUCGAGAAGGUUGAAGCUCAGCUUGUGAACGCAGGCCAUGAUAAGAUUGCCAUAGUCAUAUACUGGUGUUUCUUUUGGUACGGGGUGCAGCCAGGUGGGCGAGAGAUCUGGAUCAAGGAACCGAUUGAAAUUGAUAUUGAGCGGCGUUGGAUUUCUCAACGUAAGGGCUGCAUUCAAGAAAAAGUUCAAGUCAUGCAAAACUCGUCAGAGCUACUUCUGUCUUCUGAAGAUGAAGCCAAACAUGCGUCACAACUCAAGAUUUACAAAGACCAGCUCACAGAUCUCAACCGGAGGCAUUGGGCUCUUUGCAGAAAGCAGUGGAUCAAAAAGGAGUCCAUGAAGAGCUGGUCGUUCAAGCGAGCAUAUGACAGGCAAAGAAAAGAUCCAGACUGGUAUCUCUCCAAGUUGCUGUGCGAUGAUUGCGUAGGACGAGGCGGCUGUUGCGGACGGGGCUGCGGCUGCUGUCAAAGACCGCGGACGGUCGAUGGAUCCGAAAAUUCUAUUAACGCCCGUGGUCGUUGUACUACAGCAUGUGGCUGUUGCUUGGAGGCCCAUAGGGUUGAAGAUAUGGAUGUCGGGAUAAAUGAGGAGAUACCAGACUUGAAAGAGCUUCAUUUUGAGUACAAAGCGCCCGCUUAUAUGACUGGUCAUGACCAACGGCUGCUGAAGGGUUAUACCUUCGAUUUCUGCUACCCGAAAUUACAGACAGAGCCUUCUGCUGGAUGA